ACCUAUAAUUGAUUAAUUAGUUCCUAAUAAUAAUAAAGAUGUAAACAUUAGUCCCUAAAGAAAAGUGCAAUAGGGGGAGAAUAAAACAUGCCAUGCAAGUUUAACUAUGUUAUGAAUCAUCGUUCGAUUUAAUUGUUGGCAACUCGCAUUAUCGGAAUGACUAGCUAGUACCUUACGUCAUUAAUUCAUCGUGUCCAAUCCGCUCAUUAGGCAGCGCAUUGAUCGUGCGAAGUGUUUUACAUAGAAGUUUCGUUUAAGGCUUGGCCAGAUGGACGAGAUUUACAGCGGGCAAUGCACAAUUAAUUAUCAUACCGUUCGAUGAAACUUUCUUGAUUCGGUUCCGUGUGUUUCCUUGGUAUUUAUCUCUGAUUCACGUACUUCUUUGGUAUUCGCGUGUGGAAAAUCUAACACGCCCCAGCGUGGUAGCAUCGCUGAUCCAAGUUCAGAUAUCAGAUGUUUAUAUCACGCGAUGCGUUGUACGUAUUUGAACCGCGAUUUAUAUAGCGCUCCCGUGAUACGACAAUUAAUAAUACAUACUGUCACAAUGCGCGUUACGAUACACACUCAAUGUUGAAUUUCAGUCAAUGUAUUCGUGUAGGUACACACAUAUAGCGACUUGUGAAUUUAUAUACUUGAACAUUCACUAUAGAAAACUUUUAUGAAUAUAUCGUAUAUUCAACGUUUUGAAACCUCAUGAGUACUGUCAUCACUAUAUUGAUUAAAUUAGAAAAACAAAUUUGAACAUUUCUGUAGAAAUAACAAGAUAUUUAUUGCAAGUGUAAUAUAUCUUACAAUUUAUUAUGUAUAUUACUAAACACAUUUACUAUUUAGAUUAAUGUUUAUGUUAAUAUCCGAAGUUUUUAUAUCAGCUUAGAAGACUCUUCUUGAUUUGAUUUCUAAUUCAGAAAUUUCGGGAUUUAAACAUAAGGAGUGUAUGAGUAACAAACUACUUCGUAAAGAUCUAUAAAAUAGUGACUUUUGAUAACCAAUUUAAUCGCGUUACGAUAUAUUAUUAUACUUAUCUAAAGACAAAAAUCAUUUCAAUUUAUCUGUAAUUUUCUAAUUAAAAUACAACUCACCAAAAAUAAAUAAGUAUCCGAAUACUUUUUAACAAUAGUGUAUACAUAUAACAGGGCCAAACAGCGAUUCGAUAUUUAAUUAACAACAGGAAACGGAUGUGUUAAAUUUAUUUCACGAAUUUUUCGAUCGAUUUGGCUUUAAGAAAUAGAAGUUAGUCUACUAAAGAGAUGCGUGACGGUAGUUAUUCUCGAUACAGGGCAAUUAAUCGUUCUUAGAAUUCGAAUAGGUAUGUUUUUGACCUGAUUUAACGACUCUAUAGAUAACACGAUGUCUGGUGAUCAGCUGGAGGCGUGAAUCGAUUAGUUUUUCACUUUAUCACCGGGAAGAAGCACUACUCUCUUCGAUAUCAAACUUCUCAUCGAUUACAUAACGCAUUAUCGUUCUUCCCGUAUCUGGCCGAGUUUCCUCUGGAUAAAAACCAAUUAUCGCGGCGUACGAUUUCUGCCUAUAUUAAUCGUCCUUUACCGCUACGAAUCCCGCUAGCCUCGAUGCCGGAGAGAUCACAAACAGUAGAUGAAAAUCUAUCGCUGUUAAAUGGCAAGUAUGCGAAUUAAACCGAAAAACACGAUAAUGUUCGUAUAGGUACGCGCGUAGAUCCGCAAUAGUUACCCAUACAGGAUAUUUCUGAAAGUUGGCUUCAAACUUUAGGAGUACGUACAUAGUAAAAUUUAAUAAGUAUGAGUCCAACGAGGAAGUUAUACGGCGUUUUCAUCAGUAAAAUACAUAUUAUUUAUCUCUGUCUAUAGACAGACUCAUACAGUGACUCAUGAAAAUAUUUGAAAAAUUAUAGAAAACUUCUAUAUACGUAUAUUGUAUGUAUUAUAUAAAAUAUUUAAAAAUUUCAUUAACAGUAUAGUGAGAUGUGACUGUCAUGAUUAUGUUGACAAAAUAUGACAUUAAUCUGGGGAUAUAUGUAGAAGGUACAAGAUAUUUAAUUACAAGGAAAUUUUAAAGUGUUUUAUAUAACACACAUGAUACAAAUAAUUUCAUGAGCUACCGUAUGUUCGAUGUUCGAUAUGAUAUCUAUUCACUGUAACAGUCAUAUCAGCAUGUUUUUUCAUUCCAAUUAACUAAAUAAUGUAAAAGUAAAUUAUGAUAUAACUGUGAAAUAUACGCGCGCGAAUGCUAUAAUAUUAAAGUGAAAAGCAUUGUUAUUUUAUUACUGCUACCAACAAUAAGCGAUAUCUGUACAAUUAUAUAAUAAUGAUGUGUUUAUUACGCUUAAUCUAAUGAUUUAUGCACGAUAAACAUGCAACGAAGUUUCUUAUGCUUUUACAAUUUCAAAGUCGAAAAAGUCUUAUACACACCUAACGAAACUAAUGAUGUUUGAAGCAAAGCUUAUUAAGACUUUUCUCUAUUAUAAUCACAACUAUAUACUUCUGAAAUUUGGUAUCGAUUUUCUGAAACAUCCUGUAUAACACAGAUAGUACCUGCGAAAAGAAAAGGAACAGAAAAGGAGGAAAGAAAAAGGAAGAAGUUCUCGAUCAAACGUAUUCUUGCUAUUUCGCAUUAAGCCGCAUAUUCCGUGCUGAUUGACCGUACCAGUGUUACGAGACCAAUCAGCUCGAUUAUUAAGCUGUCGAUAUCUAAUCAGCAAUGACCCUACUUCGGUAAGAGGGUCAACUAUAGACGUGGUUAUCCGUGCAAAUACGUAUGUAUUGCAAUGUUGUGCGUUGUGUGUAUGAACAACGACGGAGCCCUCGUUUCUCGCGUCGCGUCGUCCAGAAAUCGUUCGAACAGCCUAAAAAGCAGGUCAUCCGUCACGCAACGUCGAUUCGGACGAGCCUUAAAAACAGGAAACUUUAAUUAGUUCGGUGGCGGAGUACAUGAGCUCGUUGGAAUAUCGACAGGCGAGAGAAGCCAGCCAUGACUACAACAAGCAACGGAUGAAGAACCAACAACAGCUUUCGUCCGACAAGUGUCUUUCUGCUACGGAUUCGAAUAAUACGAAUGCUUUUCCGGAAAUUGAUCAGAGCUCACAUCGAAGAUAAAAUCAAAUGAUUUUGUUUCUGAUUGUUAUACGUAGAAUGUAUUGGUAAUAUUUAUGUUUGAUAUUUCAUUCCUCGAUCAACUGAUGUAUAAGGUAUAUUGGUAUGUAAUGGUGUUUGAAUAAAGAUCAAAGAGGUAAUAGAUAAUUACGCUGCGAGUAUAAAAUAGCGUAUUAAUAUAAUAUGCUUGGCAGAGGCAUUCUGUCGAGUCGAUGAUCACGCUAACGAAGAGCUAAAGGUAAAUUUCAUUAACCGCCUAUCAGAUUUCAUGUUUACAGGCGAUUCCUAUAAUGCGAACUCGCAUAAACUAGGUAAAUAGAUAUUGGUAAAACUUGCCGUUUCGAAACUAAUUAGACUUCAUAUUAAAGAUAAAAAGUGGAAAUGCAAAGUUUGUUUUAGAUUUGGAUAAUGUUUGACAAUUGAGAGACUUGUAACAGAAACGACUCCUUGCAAAUUUUUGUUUUUUUUUAGGCAAUAAUCUACCUAGCAUAUAUGGAUUAUGAAAAAUGUUCUGUCUUUAUUUAUUGUCAAAUCAAAGUUAAAUAGUUCUACAAAAACAACCUCUAUCGAGGUUUCAUAAUGUAGUUGUGUAAUACGGCGAAUAUUAUGUUAAAAAUAUAAAAUAUAAGUAUCGAUUAACAAUUAGAGAUGUCAGUAUUCUUCCAAUUUCCUGAGAAAAAGGCAAACACGGAUAAGGGCCGUUUUCGUUACGAAUCGUUUGAUCAAAACGGCUAUCAGAGGAACAUCUAGUAUCCAAGAGGAAGUAAUUGUUUUAAGAAACGGAGAAAGGAAAGAGUAGAAAUUUGACAAUAAAUCUAUGAAACGAUGGAAUUUUUACGAGUACUUGGAUUCUUUGACCAUUGCCAAUCGAGAUUCCUGUGAAGACAAUGGCCGUUAGCUUCGCAGGUGUUUCGGUCGUUUUCAACGAGUAUCUGGCUGGUAUCGCGGACAUAAGGUCAGGGUGGACAUGAUAUUUCCUGUAUCGGCCGCAAGACAAAGGAACAAAAGCUGCUGUCAAAGUACGCGAAGCGUGUAAGUUACCACGAGUUAAAAGGAAUGGCCACCAAUUUGUUGAUCGUUAACGCGAAGUUAACUAACUGCAUUGCUAAUUACGGCGAACAAAGCGUUCUUCUCGUUUUCCUGCUCUGUUCCUCUUGCUUCGAGGAAAUUGAUUUCGGAAAAUAUGCGAUUUUUUGCUCUGUCUUGAUUAUGAUUCAAUUGAGCCUCUCAGAAGCCUGUCUGAUCAAUUACAUAAGCCCACGAUCAAUAUUCAAUUUAAACUUUUAUAAGAACAAUCACCGCAAUAAGAUGACGUAAACCGUAAGUCAUAAGAAAUAGUGUUUAUAACAUCAUCGCUUCUCUAUAGUAUUUAAUUUAUAGACCUGUUUGCACAGCUGUUGGGACAGCUUGAUUGAUAGAUUCAAAAAUUCCAUGCGUUUCUAUUUCAUAUGAAAGGAAAAUUUAUCUGAACGAACGCGACGUAGUUAAACAUGUUUUUAUUGUCAUACGAUAUGUUCUAUGAUUUACUGUAUCACUAUAUGACACAAUCGUUAGAUAUGUUUCGCAAAAUAAUCUCCGAUAAGCGAGAAAGGUUGUUGAAAUCAUCUUUUUCAAGGUGGCGCAGAAAACGUAACGUGUUCUUUUGUAACGUUUGCGAGAAUAAGUUUCAAUUAACGAAUCAGUCAUUUAAGAAAGGAGAGGAAGAGCGAUAAAGAAAACGGAAGAAAAUAAUAAGAAUUAAAAAUAUUUGAUAUUACUUCUUUAUAUUGUAUUAUUUUUGCUCUCUUUUCGAACAGCAAAUUCAAAGAACGGAAAAGAAUAAUUUAAUCGAUAAAAUCGUCCGUUUAAACCCGAUUGGUUUUAGCCGAAUAACUUGUCGUGCAAGAGCAAAAAGAUAAUUGCAAAAUUAAAGCCACGUGUGUUGAGCGAUGCUGGCUUAUAUUACGUUCGUGCUAGUUCUAUUUGUAUUGUGAUCCAAUUUAAAUAAAUGUUCAGAAGUUAUCUCCAGUUUAUGUAUAUUUCGUAAAAGUAGUGUAAACGUAUACUCAAUUAGUGUAAUUUGAUCGAUCGGACGAUAACUUUAUAUCUUAAUUCGAUAUGUAAUGCCAGUGAUGAACUGCUGACGGUUAUUUACAUAAAAGAUAAAACUGUUUGUGAAUAUUUGAGCUAGUGCACGUGUUGCGGCAACAUUCCAUAUGGCUUUCAUCAGUUCGUUUAAUUUAAGCCGUUUUAGGAGAUGCAUGUUGCUGUUUCCGACACAUUUCUCCGAUAAAGUGAAAUAGAAAAACGUAUACACUGAUAGAUGCAAGAUUCAGAGAAAGGUCCAUAGUAGAAAUCAUCUAGUACACAUAAAAAUUACGACCGGCGUGGAAAAUUAUAAAAAUGCCACAUAGAAUUAGCAUCAUUGCUGUUCCGGAUAAGUUUGCCAAAGGGGUUAGAAAAGAUUCAAAUGAAGUGAGUCAAAAGCAGAAGUCUGCGGAUUUUGAGGCAGCCAUUGCCGCAGCUGGUUAUGGAAAAUUUCAAUAUCUUCUCUUACUGGCGAUUAUUCCAGUAUCAUGGGCAACCAGUAUCGACAGUUCCAGUGUCGCGAUGAUUCUUCCCUCUGCAGAAUGCGAUUUGCAAAUGACAUUCGUUCAAAAGGGUGUGCUAAACGCCAUCAUAUACGUAGGAAUGAUUUCUAGUGGUUUUCUAUGGGCUUACAUAGCGGAUGUUAAGGGCAGGAGAGCCGUUUUUCUUUAUGGCUAUAUAGCUGAUAGUAUUUGUAACUUCCUGUCAGGGUUUUCACAGAAUUUUUGGAUGCUUGUAUCUUUCAAAUUCCUUAGUGGUUUCAUAAUAAGCGGUCCCCAUGCUUCCAUCGUGGCCUACACUUCCGAAUUUUAUGGAAAAAAAGAAAGAGGAAGAAUUUCAUUGAUCGUCGGUUUUGCCAUUACAUCUGGAAAUAUCGUAAGCGCAGUGCUGGCGUUCAUCAUCAUUCCACAACGCUGGUCCAUCGUCCUGUGGGACGGUGCGUUUGUGUACAAUUCCUGGAGACUUUUUCUUUCGGUCUGUGGAGUACCAAUGUUGGUCGGCGUUAUUUGUCUCUUCCUGUUUCCGGAAAGUCCAAAGUUUCUCAUGUCACAGGGUCAUACGGAGGAAGCGUUGAAAGUUUUCAAGAUAAUUUAUAGCAUCAAUACGGGAAAAUCCGCGGAAGAAUAUCCGAUACAAUAUUUAGAAAACGAACUUCCUAAAGAAGGAAAUGAUAACGACUACGAUGGAAAAAUAGAGAAGAAGGCAAUUUUCUUUACUCCACAUUUAAAUCGAAUUCUCUUGGUCACAGCCAUGCAAUUUGGUUCAAUGUACACAACCAACACGAUUCGUAUGUGGCAACCUCAACUUUUCACGAUACUAGGAAAUUUCGAUCCAGUGAAUCAUAAUCUAACAGAAGGACAUAAAUCGACAUUUUGCGAUAUCUUGGAUUUCUUCUCUGCCGUAGACGAAACUCCCGCAGCCAUUGAAGAGAACGUGAACUGUACAAACAUUGUCGUGAGUGAGUCUGUUUAUGUGAAUACGAUCAUUAUAACUGCCUUUGGAGGUAUUCUUAUUUUAUUGAGUAGCUUACUAGUGAAUAUUUUGAAAUACAAAACCUUACUGUAUAUUUCUUACGGAAUAUCAUUCAUAUGUAUAGUUUAUUUGAACUGGUCGCCUGACACAUUACUAACACUAAUUCUGACGAGUGUGUUUAUUGGAUUGACAAACACUACCCACAAUAUAAUUAUUGCUGUAACCGUCAUUAUGUUUCCAACUUCUCUAAGAGCGAUCGCAGUGAGUCUGGUGAUGUCGGCCGGAAGAAUAGGGUCAGUGAUUGGGAACCUUGUCUUCCCAAUUUUACUGGCUCAAGGAUGCUUGGCACCCAUUAUCCAGUUGGCGUGCUUGAUAUUACUUUGCUCCAUUUUUACGUGUUUUCUUCCGUCGACCAAGAAAGCUAAAUAAUAAGAAAUAUGUAAGAUUGUGUUACGAUAUUUAAGCUUUUCUCAAAGAACUUGCCAAUAGAGAAGUUUUCACAUACAUACACAUACUCUAACUACGAAUAAUAGAUCGCAUCGCAGAUAGCCUACAGACCUCGUUCUCCAACACUAAACCAAGGAAUUACAUGUAUACUCAUCCUUGAAUCAUUCUAACAUGAUCAAAAUUUCCAAAGCGAACUACGAUACCUUUCUUAAGACUCUGAUGACUAUAAUAUUCACAUUAAGAAUAAACAAGUUAUAGGAAGAUCAAAAAUGUAGAAAAAUUCAAUAACUUUGAAUAUUUAAAAAAUAAGGAGAUAAAAGUAUCAGAUAAUUAAAGAAAGGCAUAAAUAGAUAAAUGAAUGAUAUCAAUAAGACGAAACGUACAAAAUAAGAGAAUAAUAGAAAGAAGGAUCUAUCGAAGCAAGGAAGCACGCGCUCGAAGGCGAAUACAGGCAAAAACAACGACAACGAUGUUUGUUAGACAAUGAAAGGGUGGGAUGGUUCCAGUUGGACGCUCUUCACGGUCACAUUUUCAGGAGAAGAUCGAUCUCAGUUUAAAACAAUGAUCGAGCGCGUCGAGGACGAACGCGGCGUUCCUCGCCCAGCGUGAACACGACGCUGCUACGGGGGCCUUGGGUUUCACUUUCGACACAUCCUGGAGAGCCCUCCACGCUACAGCCUUCACCCACAUGCUCGUUCUUCUCGAUCCCCCGCGUACAACGGCUCCGUUCAGCCGGCGUUUCGUGUGGACGCGGCUUUAUCGCGCGCCCGGAAUCUCGACACCUUCGCGCUAGCCACGUUGAUCGAGUAAUUACGCGUGUCCAUAAAACUCACCGCGCGUAUUACAAUGGAAGAAUGGGAGAAAGUCAAGGUAUCGAAUUGAUUGCAACGUGACGUUUUAUUUUGUCACGAGAUGCAGCGAUGAUACUUGAUAUUUGAUUUUGGUUUUUGCUUCUUUCGUUUACUUAAACGAUAAUCUAUCAGUAAACUGGUGCAUUCAAAUCUCAUGCAUAUAUUUUACAUUUACUAAUAGAUUGCAGAUAGUAGUGUAGGAUUGCAUUUUUGUGAAGAGUUUUGUUACAAUUAAAGAAACAGAAUGUAAGAGAAGAUUUGUUUCAAUAAAUAUUAGAAUAAAUACUAUAUUUUGGAUAUUUUAUAUAUUUUUGUGUAAGAUUAUACGUAUUUCAUGUAUUUUUGAACAAUUUAAUUUACCAGAAAUGUUUAAGAAAUUAUGUCUACGUUAAUGCAUGAGUUAUAUCAUUAGUUUGAUUACAACAAUUACUAGAGAAUUUCAUAUUAUACACUUAUGUAAUUCGACGUUAUUUGUGUUUAUUAGUUUAAUUAAGACGUUACAGUUACGAUCCUUGUAUCAUAAAAUAAAAAGAAUAUUUUAUAGGAUAACUAGAUUAAAUUUAAUGGAACUAACGGCAUACGAAUGGCAAUAAAUGCUACUCGGCAAAAGAAAUAAAUCUUGUUUUGCUUGAGCAAA